AUGGGGAAAAAGCCUGAUAUUAUGGGGUUACUGAAACGGGAUGAAAAGAUUUUAGAAGAAACAUUGGAUGGGAUGAGCUUUAUAGGUGCAUCGUGCAGACCAGCUGGAAAUCAAUUUGGUGUUGCUGGGCUCCAGAUUGCCGGUACAGACUUACGCCUUAAUGUUCUAGUAAAGGACUUAGGUGGUAUAUCAAGAUAUUUUCAUCUAGACCAUUCUGAAAUUCCAUUAACACCACAUGCAUCACACGCUAAAUCCUAG